AUGGUGGACAAGGACACGGUGGAGAAGUUCCUGGAUAGCAACCCCGCUUUCGCGAAGAGCUACUACGACUCCAGGUUCCGGCCGCAGGUCAUCGCCGACCUGCUGGGAGACAGAGCCCCGGCACUGGACCGCAGCAGCCUCCGCGACCUGACCAGUGUGGAAGAGAGUGAGAUCAUAUUUGACCUGGUGCGGGACCUGCAGGAAAACCUGCAGAUGGAGAGGGCCAUCUUCAACCUCAUGCAACACCUCAGCCACCUGCUACACGCAGACCGCAUGAGCCUGUUCAUGUACCGGCAGCGCAACGGCACAGCCGAACUGGCCACGCGCCUCUUCGGCGUGCACAAGGACACCACCCUGGAUGAGUGCCUGGUGCUCCCGGACUGUGAGAUCGUCUACCCGCUGGACACUGGCGUUGUGGGCCACGUGGCCACCACCAAGAAAACGGUCAACGUUCCAGAUGUCACCCAGGACAGCCAUUUCAGCGACUUUGUGGACACCCUCACGGAGUACGAGACCAAGAACAUCCUAGCCACACCCAUCCUGAACGGCAAGGACAUGGUGGCUGUCAUGAUGGCAGUGAACAAGGUGGAUGCUCCCCGCUUCACUAAGAGGGAUGAGGAGACCCUGAUGAAAUAUUUAGACUUUGCCAACCUGGUGCUGAGAGUGUUUCAUCUGAACUACCUGCACAACUGUGAAACCAGGAGAGGCCAGGUUUUGCUGUGGUCAGCCAGCAAGGUCUUCGAGGAACUGACUGACAUCGAAAGGCAGUUCCACAAGGCGCUCUACACGGUCAGGGCUUUCCUCAACUGUGACCGCUACUCCGUGGGCCUCCUGGACAUGACUAAGGCCAAGGAAUUCUUUGACCUGUGGCCCGUCCUGAUGGGGGAGGUGGCCCCUUACGAUGGCCCUAAGACCCCGGAUGGCAGGGAAAUCAUCUUCUACAAGGUGAUCGAUUACAUUCUGCACGGAAAGGAAGACAUCAAAGUCAUUCCAAACCCACCAGCAGACCACUGGGCCCUGGUCAGCGGUCUGCCCACCUAUGUGGCAGAGACCGGCCUGAUCUGCAACAUAAUGAAUGCAGCGCAGGAUGAAUUCUUCGAGUUCCAAAAAGAAGCCCUGGAUACUUCCGGCUGGACAAUAAAGAACGUGCUCUCCAUGCCCAUCGUCAACAAGAAGGAGGAGAUUGUGGGCGUGGCCACCUUCUACAACAGGAAGGAUGGGAAACCCUUCGACGAAAUGGACGAAACCCUCAUGGAGUCCCUCACCCAGUUCCUGGGGUGGUCAGUGCUGAACACAGACACCUACGAGAAGAUGAACAAGCUGGAGAACCGCAAGGACAUCUUUCAGAACAUGGUGCUUUAUCAUGUCAAAUGCAGGAAGGAUGAGAUCCAGAACAUCCUGAACACCAGAGAGGUGUACGAGAAGGAGCCCUGUGACUGCGAUGAGGAUGAGCUUGAGGAUAUCCUGCUAGAAGUACUUCCAGAUUCGGAGCAGUCCGAGAUCUUCGAGUUCCACUUCUGUGAUUUUGAGCACAGCGAGCUGGACUUGGUCAUGUGCGGCAUCAAGAUGUACUAUGAACUUGGAGUGGUGGACAAGUUCCAUAUCCCGCGGGAGGUACUGGUGAGAUUCAUGUACUCCCUCAGUAAGGGGUACAGGAAGAUCACCUACCACAACUGGAGACAUGGAUUCAAUGUGGGUCAGACCAUGUUCACACUGCUCAUGACUGGCGACCUGAAGCGCUACUAUACCGACCUGGAGGCCAUGGCCAUGGUAACUGCCGGCUUCUGCCACGACAUCGACCACAGAGGGACCAACAAUCUCUACCAGAUGAAAUCAGGGAACCCAUUGGCUAAACUCCACGGCUCCUCCAUCUUAGAGAGGCACCAUCUUGAAUUUGGGAAGACGUUACUGAGAGAUGAUGACUUGAACAUCUACCAGAACCUGAACCGGCGGCAGCACGACCACGUCAUCCAUCUGAUGGACAUCGCCAUCAUCGCUACGGACCUGGCCCUGUAUUUUAAGAAAAGAGCAAUGUUCCAGAAGAUAGUGGACCAGUCCAAGACCUUUGAUGACUGGGAUGCUUGGACCAAGUACAUGAUGCUAGAGACAACAAAGAAGGAAAUAAUAAUGGCGAUGAUGAUGACGGCCUGUGACUUAUCAGCCAUCGCCAAACCAUGGGAGAUACAAAGCAAGGUGGCGCUCUCAGUGGCAGCCGAGUUCUGGGAGCAGGGUGACCUGGAGAGGACUGUGCUGGAGCAGCAGCCCAUUCCGAUGAUGGACAGGAACAAGGCCGAGGAGCUGCCCAAGCUCCAAUGCGGCUUCAUUGACUUCGUCUGCUCUUUCGUGUACAAGGAGUUCUCCCGUUUCCAUGUGGAGAUCACGCCCAUGCUGGAGCGGCUACUGAACAACCGGAAAGAGUGGAACGCCCUGAAGGAGGAGCACGACGCCAAACUGGCCAAGCUAGAGGAGGAGAAGAAGCAGAAGGAGGAGGCCGCAGCAACCACAGCUACAGCCAGACAAGCAGCAAGUGCACCCCAGGGCCAGCAGUCCAAGACCUGUAUCAUCAGCUGAGGCCCCCUCCCCCCCCCCCCCCCAAAAACCACACACCAACGGGAUUGAUGGGAGGCCUACACUGAAUCAUUGGAUUAUUGGGGGACAUGGAGAGCCACGCAGUCAGUCUGUAGCAGCUUUUGAGUAGUACUGAGGGGUGUCGGCUCAUGGCAUUUAGUACGGCGUCUUCUGGCGCUGAGGUAAAGGCUCAUCAUUUACAGGUGGAGCGCUCAAAGAAAUCAGCACAGCGUAUUUUCAUUAUUUAGGGAUCUAGUGUUAUAAUUACUGAACUUCCAGAUCCAUUCAUUUUCUGUUGGAAAAUCCCGGAAGCUACAGGCAGCAGGCAGAGACUCAAACCCCGGUCUCAGAGGCGUGAUGUAACAGCGUCAGGGCAAAUAAACCAAAUUACAACUGCUAUUCCAUACAGCCUCUGGCUGAUAAUGGGUUAGAUUCUAUGGCCCGAAUUCGCUUCUGUCUGCAUACGUGUGGACGUGCACGUUGAUAAGCAGCCACGGCUGCUAGCAGACAGACAUGAUGCAGAGCAAAGGCAGCAGAAAUCACGACUGACAGAGCCAUCUUCACGCCGCUCGUCUGCACGCCCUGAUUUUGGAAAGAAAUCAGUUCUGAGGCCCCAGUAGUUUUGGACAGAUGAGGCCACGCCCCUUUAAACCUAGCCAAUCAGAUGGACCCAGUCAGGUGGGGGGGAGGGAGGAGGAAAUGAGGGGUCAGGGCAGGCAGACGGCACCUGGGGGUGCUGUGACGUGCGGCAGCAACCCGAGCCAUUUGCUUUAGGGGUGUUUGACAGCGGCGGCUGCAUCUGAGACCACCAGUGCGGAAAAUUGCUGCCAGUUCCUGUGGGGAGCGCAGUUAACCAGAGUGAAUGAAAUCUUAAUCACCACAUCUGCUACCCGGCUCGGCAGAUUCGCAGAUCGGGAGUCCAGAUGACAGGCUCCGCAGUCAGCAGGACGAAUCUGUACCGCGCAGUGUUCACGUGUUCAGAGCGCCGCUACCCAAUUGAAAUGCAGCGUUUAUACCAUCAGCAGCCCAACACUCUCAGGCAGGCUGGGAUAGAGCAGGAGUCACGUUUGGCGUGUAAAUAAAAAUAGAUUAUGAGUGACAGCGUUUUUGGCGUUUUGAUGGGGUCGGGGCCCAGCUGGGAGGGGCAAGAGGGGUGUUCCUCGGUGGGGUCUGCCCGUGGAUUUGAGGAAGAGACAUUCGGACCUCAGUAACGUGGCUA